AUGGUCCGAACAACAUACGAGGAUUGUAAAUCAGUGCGUUCCAUCCUGCGCGGUUUCAAAAUCCCAUUAGACGAGCGUGACGUUUCGAUGGACUCGGGUUUCCUCUCGGAGCUUCAUCGGGUCACGGGUCGCCAAUCCGGGUUAUCACUACCACGUGUGUUUAUCAACGAGCGAUACAUCGGUGGGGCCGAGGAAGUGAGAUGGCUGCACGAGAAUGGCGAGCUCAAGAAGCUUCUCGAAGGAUUGCCCGUAGCUGAUUCGUAUCUCCACGCUUGCCACGUGUGCGGUGAUCAUAGGUUUUUACUUUGCGGGCUAUGUUCUGGUACGCGCGAGGUUUACGCGGAGAAAAGUGGGUUCAAAACUUGUACGGCUUAUAAUGAAAGUGGUCUAAUCAAUAAGUGUUUUCCUUCUUGUAGUCUUCGGAUGCUCUAA